AUGUGGACUUACAAUAUUGUAGGCAUCAUAUCUUUAGUGGCAUAUGCCAAUUCAUUAAGCGAAGGAGACAGCUGUACCAAAAAGGAUGGUUCUCAGGGGGUGUGCAAGGCCAUCACCAAUUGCCCAUCAGCUCUGGAGGAUAUUAAAAGACAUUCACCACCAACACCUUGUGGUUUUGUAAAUUUUGAUCCCAUUGUAUGCUGUGGUGAGACGGUGGUACCAGAACCGGUUACACCAAAAAAGAGGGGGAGAGGCAGAAAAACAACGACAACUCAACGUCCAGUGGAAGUUAAAUUCUCUUUGGAGUGUCCAAUAGCUGAACGGACGGGCAGGAAAGCGUACGACAAAUGCCUCGAAUACCAAGAGAAGUACGUAUACCCUUGUCGGCCUGGGCCCACGCAAGGGAUGGUGCGCGUGGAUCAAUGCAACCGGGAGCCAGAAGGUCUCAUAACUGGAGGGGAGAACGCUAAAGAUGGAGAAUUCCCCCACAUGGCUCUCCUCGGUUACGGCGAAGGCAGUAUUGUGUGGAUGUGCGGUGGUGUUAUUAUAAGCGAAAGAUUUGUUCUCACCGCCGGCCACUGCUCGUCCAGCAGGUCUCAUGGAGUAGUGAAGAAGAUUCUGGUGGGUAUUCUGAAGUCCAAGGACGAUGGUGAUCCAAGUCGACAGUAUGAUGUUACGGUCAAGAAACACCCGGACUACAAACCACCUUCCAAAUACAAUGACAUAGCACUACUGAAGACAGACAGAGAUAUUCAGUUAAGCAGGUACGUGGUGCCAGCUUGCUUGCACGAUGGUGGUGCCUUGUCCAACGACAGCGCAGUCAUCACGGGGUGGGGAACGACAGUCUUUCGUCAGAGGGAGGUGCCUGAAGUUCUUCAAAAAGCAACUGUGACCCGCUUCGAAGACAGCGAAUGCAGCAAAAAGUUUAAAAAUCUUCGUCACAUGGCCAAGGGUUAUGACGCAGAGACCCAGCUUUGUUAUGGAGACAGAGUUUCAAACAAGGAUAGUUGUGAGGGAGACAGCGGUGGUCCUUUACAAGUAAACCAGCCGAACGUCCGUUGUAUGUAUUGGAUUAUUGGUAUAACCUCGUGGGGCAAAUGGUGCGGUGUUGCAGGCGAACCUGGUAUCUACACGAGGGUAUCGCAUUAUUUGCAGUGGAUCGAAAAUGAAGUAUGGCCAUAA